GGGGGUGGCCGUCCUCACGGCAGCUCUUGCUCAUACGGAGAGCGAGCACGGCGUCAUUGGGCGUCGGGACGCCGCCACGACGCCGCGUUCUCCGACUCUGAAACGCGAAAGCGCGACCGCGAAGUGCCGCGACACGAGGACGGGAUUCUAUUGCGAGUCCCUCGGACGAAUAAUCGUUUUCGCGUACGCGAAUAUCCCAAGCGAAUCCACGGUUUCUCGGGGGUGAAAAGCGCCCGCGAACAAGGAAAACCAAAGCGUUGAUCUGCAUCGAGGAAGAUCGCGAUCUCGCUUCAAGAUCGGUAUUAGUAAACCACUUGGGGACAAGAUUAAUCUCGCGAAAAAAAGAUACUCGUUGUUGCAAAUCGUUAAGACGAAUCGGCUUGAAAAGUGACGGUGAUCGCGCUAUAAUUUAUCGAGAUCGCGCCGUUUCGUUGGGAUAGAUCGAUCCUAGGUGAUCGAUCGUAGUUGAUUCGUUCCUCCAGAAGAUCGGCGAGGUUCGACGGAUAAAUUACUAGUGCGUGUGUCCGCGUGUGUUGCAAUCUGUCAUCGGGGGUGAGUGAGACAAGCGCGUGAACCUCGUUGUCUCGAGGAACAUUUUAAAGACUCUGCUUCUCGAAGGAGAAAGAAAGAGAGAGAAAAGGAGACGUCUUUUUACAGUUUCGAUAUUCUUCCAAUCAAAGCUGCGUGUUGCUCAAGAGAUCCUCGCUCUUCUUUGUGGCGUUUCUAGAUCCUGAAUUUGAAAGGAUUGAAUUCGGCGGGAUUCGGUGUAGUGGAGAGUAAUGCAAUAUUUUUCGGAAGUGUCUUAAACUUGAUACUCGACGAUGUUCCAGUAGUGUUGUAGAUGUCAAAUUUGCGAAAUCUUCAAAAGUAGAUGCAGUCUAAGAAGCAAAGUUUAGCGGAGAAGCUUUGGAGAAAAUUUUUGUAAAGUGUUUAUCCUUUAAUUCCUUUAACGACUCGCUAAAAGAAGACAUCGUAAAAUCUACCUGUGAACUAAACCUGCAAAAGAGAAAGGAAACUUUCUCGUAAUGAGAGUUUAUUGAGUACUUCUACGAGACGAGAUGUGCUCCUAUCCUUCCACUGUACGUGUAACGCUGUGUGUAACCUUGGCUAAAAAUAUCAAAGCUGCGAGAAUGAUUCAUAGAUUCUGAAUGUACGAGCGAGCAAGACCAUCGGUCAGCGGAAAUUCGAUGAAUUCUUUAUCAGGGUGUCUAAGUCCUUCUAUUGUGCAGAAGGCUCUUCAGCAUCGGGAAAACGAUCUCCGUCGGUGUUACGUUUCCAAGUAAGGAAUCCUGAUCGAUCGGUUCGCCGGAAACCGGAAUCAAACCUAGGUCAAACCCAAAUCCGCGAGAGGUGAGGGCUCUCUCGCGCAACCUCGAUGAACGCUUUCGCGGGGCAAUUGGAUCCUCCAAGUUCACACUCAAUUAACUCGCUCAAGGGAUCAUUGCCUGAUCGAGGAUCAGUCACGAGCUCCGACAGUCUCGAAGGUAGGCAGGAACGACUCAUCCCAAAUAGUGACAUCUCGAAGCAGUCGCUGUAACGUUGAAGACGUCGAAGACGACGAGCUCCAUUCUCCGCGCUAUCGAUUCCGCGGACGGAUCGUGCUUCCGCUGGCGGGAGGCGGUCCUGUGGAUCGGGCUGUAGGAUCCGGGGUGUAGGACCCGAGUGUGUAUGUGUGAUGACGAUGACGAUCGCGCCGCGGGGACCACCGAGGUGACUCGCGGUGGCGGUGGCUCUUCGGGGAUCGGGCGGUACCGCGACACGCAGGAUGCCGCGGCAGGAGGCAGGAAGACCACGCGCUACAGGAUCGUUCGACAUCCCCGACCCGGUCUUGGCCGACCGGAAGUAGAACCGAUGACGGGAUAUGACGAUCUAACGGCGCGCGUUACAUCACGCGUCGCCGGGACGCUCGCGUCGCGUUCGCGACUCCUACUGACGACUCUGACGACGUUGCUCGUCGCGCUGUCCUGCUGCUGCGCUCGCGCCAGCGAAUUUCCAGAGCGGGAAUGUUGCGACCUACCCUACCCGAUCCCGGAGCCCACCGGCAGGUCCACGUCCGCGCCGACGCCAACCGGAAGAAGCGGAUCCGGCAUCAAGGUACCGAUGUCCAUCCUAAAUUGCCUCUAUGCUCGCCAACUGUGCUACGAAGACCCAUCAUGCAGCGCUAUUUUGGAGAUUAUACCGAGAGUCUGCGGUCCGGAAUUAGUGGCUUGUUCAACAGUAACAGUGAACAAGUGUCAAGCAGCGCUGCGCACCCUGCAAGCUUUCACCUUCUUCCGACCGACAUGUCUCUGCAAGGAGCCGCAUGUUGACCCGGACUGCAACAGCUUUCAGAAUUUCUUGUUCGAUCAUCCAUGUGACUACGUGGAGGUGAAAGAAAAGGAACCGUUCCCGCUAACUGGGUUACCGACAUGCAAUCACGCUGCCAACGUUUGCCAACGUGGGAAAGCUUGCAAUCAGAUCUUUAAGGAUUUCAAGGCCAACUGCAAGUUUCAAGACGGCCAGUGCAAAAUGGAGAAUCGGGAUGUUUGCCACGAUUCCUGGACGCAGUUGCGACUGUCACCGAUGUUUGGCUGCAUAUGCCCGAUCAAUCAGAGUAUUGGCAUAAAGCGACGAUGCGACAAGAUCUUCUCGACGGUGAACCACAAUCCUUGCGUUGGUGAGUUCAGCUGUAUAAUACGUGAUUUGUAAAGUUUUCUCUCACUCUCUCUCUCUCUCUCUCUAUUCUAUCCAUGUGUUUGUACAUACUUACAUAUAUCGUACACGUAAUUGCGUGCGUGGCAUAUCAAAUUCGCGCUGAUUUCGCGUCAACGAGCGAUAAUUACAAUUUAAACGUAAAAAAAUAAGGAUUUAAUUUGCACUAUUACAGAACACCAAAGUCAAUUGUUGAUCGUACAUACAAAAGCUGUGUCGUUGCAAAUGCCAUCGUACAAAUUCAUUGCUAAAUUCAUUAUUGGGAUAAACGCGUUUGCGAGUAUAAUGCCGAAUAAAUAAUUGUUUAUCGGCGUUUGUUAAUCAAAUUUUAUUGAUGUAUGUAAACACAUGUCACGCGACGGCUGAAUACGUGUACGGGGAUUUCGUUUGAUAAGUUUUAUCGCGAAUUUCAAGCGAACUGUUGUGACAUGAAUGAACAAGUACAAUUAUACUAGCACCUUGUGAAAGGCGAUUGUCGAUGUUGUGAAGUAAUUUUGAAUAUUUAUAAAUAAGUUUUUCUAUCUUCUAUCUACGUUGAGUUUACGGAGCUAAUCCUUGCCGUGUCUGCCUAAAUGUAUCUUGUACAGAGUUCUUAUUUGGUUUUUUUCUGUCGAUGUGUGCAUUGAGGCUUGUGUCGAUCCUGGACCGCAGCGAUAAAUUGCAAUGACGAAACAAGACAUUAAAAGAAAGAGCAGUAUCGCAUCAGAUAUCAUUUCCUGCUACUUCAACUGUUCAUGUCAUGUUUUUGUUUGUUUAGCCAAAUCUAAAUCACAAGUGAAUUUUAUCACAAAUAAAUAUUUAUUUUGAACGUUGCAAAAAUUAUAUAACUCUGUGCAUUUCAUGGAAAAGAAAUUAAAGGUUAUAGUAAAUAAGUAUAUUUCAAAAUUUGAAGUUAAUUGAAUAAGAAAAUUCAUUAUCUAGUAACAAUUAAUAUUAUAUGAUAAAGAUUAUGCGUAUAAUCGACUGCUUUCAAAUUCUAUAACAGAGUGCGAAGUUUGUUAGCAACAAAGUGCAUAAGCGAGAGGACUCGUUACAGCAUCACUCUCGCGUUUAGAACGGACUUCCGGCUGAGAGCUGACGUGCACUAAACUGAAGCCACUUCCUGUUACCGUCUCAUUUUUUCUCGUGCAUCAAAGUUGCGAGAGAGGUACGAUGUUGCUCGACGGGGCAAUUACUUUUAAGCGAUACUGUGGUGUUUAUGGCUCGCCGGAGAACGUUAUCCUCACCCUCGGAUAAACUGCUCUUUCUUCGUAAUUAACUAAAGAGGGAGGCAUAAGAGUUACGGAUAUUAAAAUAAUGAUAACAAAGAAUGCUUCAAGCAGAUAAAGUUUAAUGUACUUGACACUGUAAUAAGAUAAUUAACGGCAUCAUUCAUAUAAAUAUAUCCAACAUAUUCAUCUUUUCCAAAAUUUAUAUAAAAAAAUGUAAACCUCCUAAAGAUUAACGGUUUCCCCCUCACUUUUAUUUUAUGAUCUUUUUAUUUUAUUAUCAAAAGAUAUCGAUUGUGUAUCCAGGAUCGACGAUGCUUCCGCUCGUGCCUCGUAACCGUAAUCUAAGGCUAACAUUUAAGACUCGCGUGUGCAGUGCACGCACAUAACGUAAGUAUCUGUACACGCAUCACACACGCAUGUGUGACACAUGUCUUUCUUGCGUUGUGUUUGACGAAUGAAACGCACCAACGGUGCAAUAUGCGAGUGAUGAAUGCGGCAUACACAUUCUAUGAUAGCAUUAACAAUUGUGGAAUGCGUGACUGGUCGAGAGCAGUUUUCAGCUGCACGAAAACAUAAACAAGCAAUUAAUUAUUAUGGUAACAAUGUUAUAAAGCAGUUUACCUCGACGUUACGAAUAAACAUUACGAACAUAAUGUAUGAACAAUUCAAUUUAGCCCACAGUGGAACAAUCUACUCUGCUUCGCGAGGUGAAGAAAUUCUGCAUUUUUUGCUGCACUUUUUAAUUAUUCCACGCAUUGUAUUUUUACGUUGAUGGAAACAUUUUCGAUAACAUGCUAUAAUUAACAACAACAUUCGCAGCGAGAUAAAAUAAUAUAGAAGUCUAGCAACGCUUGAAAAAAUUAUUCUACAAGUCUGAGAUCUAAAGAGAGAGUUCGAAUUAUUACCUUGACAUUCAUUACUUUAUCAUGAAAACUAUUCUACAUAUAUCCAUAUUUUUGCAAACAGACAGAAGUUUAAACAAAGUUAAUAAAAUUUGACAUUAUUCUCAUAUAAAACACACAUUUUAUUCUUGAAGAUCUUUUUUUGCUCCUGUCACUUUAUUAACUACAAUUGCAUUGGUCGCUUUCAGAAUGUAUAACGUUUGUUAGAGAAUCAUAUUACGAUUAUUAAUUUAACAAUUAGCUUAUAUAUUUUAAAUACUUCUAUCCACGUUCAACUUUACCUAAAUUUUUCUUAAAAUUUUUCAUGAUUCUAAUAUACUUAAUAAUCUAAUAUACUUAAUAAUGACCGUAAUUGUACACAGUUCGCUGAUAAGAAUACUUUCCAAUUUAAGCUAUUAAAGUUUUGCAUAUGUGCUUUUAAGAGCGAUUCGAUCCCUUCUACGUUACUGCAUCGUGCAAGCUUGAAAAUAAACGAGACGUUCGAGUUGGUAAUGCCAAACGAUUCGCCCGGUAUGUAGAUCUGGAUCUUCAAUUGAGAUUGGAAGCGCGACUUUAAAUGGGCCGGCCCUUCACCAACCUCCGUUCUUCUUUCCCCAAGAUAUCGAACAACCAGACGGUAGGUGUAUGAAUAGCAAUGAGGGAAGGAGGGCGAGAACGGAGGAGGAGUGCCGCCCUCGAACACGAAAUUUAUUUAAACGCUCGAACUACUCCUCUGCGCAAUCAAAUUAAAUUACUCCUUGUUGUUGCAAACGAUCGAAUGUUCGACGAGGAAGAAAUGUUCCAGAUCUUCUCUCAUCGCGACGCUCAAUUGUGUCUGUCGAUCACUCGGACUGCGUUCCGAUUUUUUUACGAAUCGAAAAUUAAUCAGAGAGAUUUUACUUAGUGAAUCGAUAUAGACAAUAUUUUCUCGCGAUUAUCACGGUUUAUUAACAAUCAUUAAUUGGUUGAAUAAUAAUAAAUAAUGAAUAGAUGAAUUAAUAUCGCUCAAUUGUUAUUUAAUGCGUUAUUAAUAAUAUCAACAGCGAGCGAUCGUUGUCAAAGACCCGAGAUGCAUUUGGAAUAUAUUAACUUAAAUAUUAUUCUAGAUAUUCUUAUUAUCAUAUUCAAAUUAAUAUGGUUUAAAAAGAUAAAAUAAUUUAUAUAUAAUUUAUGACAUAAUUCUUAUAAUUUACAGAUUCACACACACAACUUCAAAUAGAUCAAAAUAUUUUCCAUCUCUCUGACAUUUGAUCCGUAUUAUAUUAUAUAAUACGAAUGUACAAGAGAAAAAUGAAAUGUUAAGUUCCUUUCCAAGUUAUCAUGUCUCUCUUGAAAUAAAAUGUCACAUAUCUCCGGGUUAAUGCAGAGAGUUCAAUUCUUCAUCUCACGUUACUCAUCCGGGAUUAACGAAAAGAGGCACGACACAAUAGAACACGAGACACUUGAAAUCAAGUGCCUCGAGACGUUCGAUCGUGCUCGACAAGGCUCGACGAGGUGGGUUCGCCUCUUCGUCGGCCCGCUCCGCGAGAGGAAGCUGUCCGUCGUCCAAACGGAGGCAAACCCGAGGAGGAAGCGCGAGGAAUCGAUCCUCCAAACCCCAGAACACACGAGAGAAACGUCUGCACGAGAAAGCGCACCUCGGCACACCCUAUGAGUACCAGCACUCCGCCCCAAGGAAUCCGCGUUUCGAGACCAAUAUCCUCACCGCCGCCCUUUUGGAUGCUGUUCCCGGACGUCUCUCGUCUCAUCCGUCUACGAUCCCCGCGCGCAUAUAUAUAUAUAUAUCUCCCCGCGUACAUAUACGCCAUGAAUAUUUCCACGGUAGCGGACAAACGCCCGCGAGAUAAAUCGACGAGAUGGAGAACGUUAUCGGGAUACGAAGCGGCGUCGUGGGAAUAUCGUCGCUCGACAUUCGCGAUCGCACGACUCUUAGCCCAGUCGAGGAGCUUUGUCAUUUUAAUAUUAAUGCCAUCGCGAGCACAAUGCUAGUGAUAUAUCUCGGAUGUAUUAUCAUUGAUUUAUUUCUCCCGUGAAUACCAUGGAUAAUCAAGGCAAUAGACACUUUUCGUUUGAUUGUGUAUCGCUGCACGUAUUUAUUCGCUCUUUCAAUUCCUAUGAGUUCCGCCGAACUUCUUCCAAUUUUGCCACCCCGACUUGUCGGCAUUUCGGCGCAGCAUAUCGACUUAUCAAUUCCUCGUGAUGCCGGAUUCGCGACAAACGACGAGUGGCAGGAUUCGUUCGUCCGCAUCGACACCCGACAAUUUUCUUUCGUCGUCGUAAAUCCGCCAUGACGACAAAUCGACCGAGUCGCGAUCAGCCGAGAUUGCUCGGCGCGAUUCGCGAUGAAAUAUGAAACGCGAACGCUUGACGGAUGAAGCGCAAGUCCAAGGUGGCGGCGAUGAGCCUCCCGAACAACCCUGUGGCGUGAAGGAAUGAGCACCAGGAAUAGUGCACCGCAUGCUGUACUUAUGCAUGCUGCGAGUCCGCAUUGAAGAACCGGCGAAUUGGCACUCGCAUGCUCGUAACUUACAAGCUUGUUUUCUGUCUGAGGUGUGUAGCCUGUCAGUGUGUAUAUAUGUGUACGUGUAGCGCCUACUACGACUCUGUCUACUCUCUGUAUACUCAACUCACUAUACUCUCCCACCCUCGUCCCUUGCUGAACAAUCUAUCGGAGGACAUCGGACAAAUAAUUGGAAUCAUCUCUACGACGAGAUGAUCACUUAAACGGGUGAAACAAGUUUGACGAUCGGUGUUCGAUAAAAAUGGAUUUUUCCAUUUUCGAUGUCGUGCCUUCUGUAUUUUAGGGAAAAUAUUUCAUGGGUAAGUUCAGUAGUGUCCUGUAAAAUUCUGUUGCAAACGAGACAUGCCUUGAUUGGAAGUAAAAAAUAAAUAAUUGAAUUUAGUUUUAUGUAUAUUCAACCCCGUUGGUACAUUUAAUUCUUGCCGUUUAAUCUAAUGAACAACAACAGUUUUGCAUGGGAUUUCUGCGUAAAAUAUCUUUGUUUUUUUUACCUUGAUUGCACAAAAAAA